CUAUAUCUACUUCCUUUAUUUUUUUGGGGAUUAAGUCCUUGUAUUUGUGUGGUUCUUUAUUGGUUUGAGCAGCUGCAGAAUACACAAGCUUCUGGUAUUUGUUUCUCAACUACAUCAUAUGGUUGUUUGUUUGUUCAUGAAAGUCUUGUGCUUCAUCAGUUUUGUUUUGAGGAGCAAUAUAUUUGUAAACCAAGUGAGGAAUUAUUGGAGUUUGUUUUUGGAAUCAUGAAUACCCGUUACUUGUUCCAACCCGAUUCGUGCGAUUCGAGCGCCGCCGUUCCGUUUUCGACUGAUCCUCCCGGGGGAGACGAUAGAACGGCUGCUGCUGGUUUGCCGAACAGGUCUCCCCGUGUUGCGUCGUCCUCGAUUUUGUUAAGGGCGGUGAUAAGGAUAUCUAGAGCGAGGUGGUUUAUGUUCUUGAGAAGAGUUUUUCAUUAUCAAAACGGAUCGAGGUCCGACCUCGGGUCCAAUCCUUUCAAUUCCGUUACUUGGAUGAUGCUGGAGUUCUUGGCUUUGGUUAUUCAGAUUACCAUCACCACAUUCACUUUGGCCAUUUCGAAGGAGGAGAAGCCUGUUUGGCCAAUGAGAAUAUGGAUUGUCGGCUACGAUAUCGGUUGCGCCCUUACUUUGUUACUUCUUCACGGCCGCUACCGAUAUCUUCAUGUCAGUCAAGGAGGUGGCGACAUUGAACAACAGAGGACGAAUGAAGAAUUGAGGUGCUCACAUUUGAUGAACAAGUGCCGGACAUCACUGGAGCUGUUCUUCGCGAUAUGGUUCGUGAUGGGAAACGUUUGGGUGUUCGAUUCUCGAUUCAGAUCGUUCCACCGAGCUCCGAACCUUCACGUGCUCUGCAUCUCAUUGCUAGCUUGGAAUGCUCUGUGCUACUCUUUCCCAUUCCUAUUGUUCCUACUCCUAUGUUGUUGUGUGCCACUCAUUAGCAGCCUCCUAGGCUACAACAUAAACAUGGGUUCCACUGAUAGAGGGGCAUCUGAUGAUCAAAUCUCCAGCCUGCCUAGUUGGAGAUACAAAUCAAUCAACACCAACUUGGAGCUUGAUCACGAUCCAGACUGCAACCCGAGCCGUGCAAACGAAGAUCCAGAGUGCUGCAUUUGCCUAGCUAAGUACAAAGACAAAGAAGAAGUGAGACAAUUGCCAUGUUCCCAUAUGUUUCACCUCAAUUGUGUGGAUCAAUGGCUCAGAAUUAUAUCUUGCUGUCCACUGUGCAAACAAGAACUGGAGAGAUAGAAACAAAGAAAACAACACAACACCUGAAAAAAAACACUCUUUCUUUUACUCUAUAUUUUUCCCAUCCUUCAUUCACCAUAUGGUGUGAUUUAUUUUAUUUGUAUAAUCACAAACGUUACUUGAGUGAGUUUAUUGUUUUGUACAGUGGAUGCUCACCAGUAACCAAGUUUCCUUUCUCUUUUUCCUGGAAAAUUCUAUACUGUUUAUGAGAAUCUGUAUAGCAGAUGGCAAAAAGAGAAUGAACAAUUUAUUAAUUUGG